CUCCCGAAAGGUAAGAGGAUUUUUAGUAAAAGAAAGAGUCGAAACAUCUCGUUCGCGUCCUUCCUAUAACAAAAGGUAAAAGAGGAUAGCCUUUUCAGUCCUGAACUUGCUGCCAUGGGUGUCGCAGAGGUUGGGGUGCCUAUUCGGGACCCGCCCCCUUCAUUGGUUUUGUCAAGUUCACAGAACAUUAGCCAACGAUCAACCACGGCAGCCUCUGAGUCCAAUCCAAAGCCGAAGAAGAAGAUCUGCUGUGCUUGCCCAGACACCAAGAUGCUGCGGGAUGAAUGCAUCGUGGAGCAUGGCGAGGCCGCUUGCACGAAGUGGAUUGAAGCUCAUCUUAAGUGCCUUCGGGCUGAGGGGUUCAAGGUUUGAAGCUGUCACCAUGUCGGCCUUCUUCAGAUGAUACAGGAAGGCAAGACAAUUUUGCAUUUGAUGAGUUCAUAAGGGAAAUGACGCAGAUGGUAGAACAAAAAGACAAACAAAGAAACGAUUAUAGUGAAGAUUCUACACACAAGAAAAAAGAAACCAGAUUAUUAAAUGAGUAGUCUGAAUAAAGAAGGCAAACUUGAAGGCCAUUUAUGAUUGA